CCGUCACUGGGACACCCGACCUCAAGACAUUCACAGACGUCGUACCUCGUACCUUGUUUUACAUUAUCACAUCCUUUUUGUUUUUUCUCUGGUCACAUCAGAUUACUUAACUAGACUUCUUCGUCACUCCCAAUUCUGAUAAACGCCUUUUCAUCUCGCCUUAACCCAACCAUUUUGAUUUUUUUUACCAUACCCCAUUUUCUGAUUCAAAAGUUUCGAUAUUGUCAGCAAUCAGACAAUGUUGCAAUUCCAACAGCCUUUAGUAAAGCAGGUGUGUGCAUCGGUGUCCACAGGCCUUUUGAUAUCAUGCAGCCUCUCCACUUGGGGCUACCCUGCCAUCUCCCUUCCCAGAAUGUCUCUCCCGGAUUCCCCUGUUAAAUUUACUCCGAAUCAAGAGAGUUGGUUUGCCACGGUACAGUUGCUGAUGUACGCCCCCGGGGGCCUGCUUGGCGGGGUGCUAUGUGAGAGGCUGGGUCCCAGGAAGCUCCUGCUCCUGCUGGCCCCUCUAAUGUGGGCCUCGUUCGCGCUUAUGAGCCUGGCAUCGUGCGAGGUGGUACUCCGGACGGGCCUGCCGGAGGUCUUCCUGCUGUGCUGCCGGGCCGUCCAGGGACUCGUGGGAGCCGUGAUAAAUCCAGUCGCCUUUAUAUACACAUAUGAAGUCACCGGAAGCCGACUUCGCGGUACCUUGACAGGCCUGCUUGACGCUUGGUCGUCGCUGGGAAUGCUCCUGUGCUAUGGCUCCGGUUGCGUCCUUUCCUGGGAGGCGGUGGCGCUGCUCGUCCCGUCCAUCACUGCAAUCCCCGCUUUCUGCGGCCUCCUGUUAACGCCGGAGUCCCCGAUGUGGCUGGGGAGAAAGGGUAAGGAGGAGGCGGCUCGGGAGGCGCUGACGAAGCUCAGGAGCGCCUCAGAACUCCCGGAGGAACUGGAGGCCGUGAAUAACAAACCUGUCGCUGAAACGUCUUUUAAGAAUUCAUUCCGGGAAGUUAUUCAGAAGCCGAACCUUUUGGCCAUGUUUGCAGCGGCGUUGGUGAUCUUCACGAAGGAAAUAAAUGGCAACGCAAUCGUCGCCAUUUACAUCGUCCAUAUUUUCCAGUUCGCGGGAGUGGGUUUGGAUCCCAACUUAAGUUCGGUGAUAGUCGGAUCGGUUCGCCUUGCGUGCAAUUGCGUCGCCGUUGUCCUGAUGCACAGCCUUCGACGCAAACCGAUGCUUUCCAUCGGUAUCAUCCUGACAUCCCUAUCGGGAGCGUCCAUGGCUGCUUUCUUUUACCUUCAGAACUCCGACUACGAUGUCUCCUCGCUCGGAUGGCUUCCUAUAACUGCUCUCUCUGCGUUUACAAUAGGAUACGCUGUCUCUGUAGGACCUCUCUGUUGGCUUUUAUCUGUGGAAGUCCUCCCAGGCUCCGUGAGAUCCAUAGGCUGCGGCACCACCAAUGCUUUCCAGGCCAUAUCCAGCUUCCUGAUUUCCAUGAGUUUCCCGAAUUUCAAAUCAGCCAUUGGUAUACACGGGGUUUUCUGGAGCUACGCGGGAAGCGCCCUCUUGUGCAUGAUCCUGGUUGUCAUCUUCAUUCCCGAGACGCAAGGGAAAACGAUAAAAGAGAUCGAAAAUUACUGGGGAAAUCUGGGUAAAAAGGAAAAGAAAGAACCUCAGGUCUGAGUGAAUUAAGAGAUAUGAUUUAUGAAAUAAGUUUAUAAAACACAUUUUUCUCUUAUGUGCAGCUUAAUUUAUCUUCGUAUGCACUAGUUUUUAUUCUGAUAUGUAUUUUUUUUGCGUUUUUAUAUUCCUUCUAUUAUUUCAGUAUUAUUUUCUUAUCAAGAUAUCUUAACUUCAGGGUAACUAUAGAUGUAUCAUGAAUUGUAUUUAUGUUUUAUAUAUUUUGUAAUAUUUACUUUUCUAAUAAAAUGUU